AUGCGCGUCCUAUACAUAUCUUUUCUACUCUUGACGGCCAACAUUGUGGCCGCCUUGCCCGAUCCUGAACACUCCAAUUCCCGGAAGGCUCCGGGCACUGUUGUCAUUGACGGCUAUCGCCUCGUGGAUGCAGAGGUGCGUCUCAAUAGAGGCGAUCGUAGUCUCAAAUCUUCCUUAGAUAGUCUCGUUGCCCACGCCGAUAGUUGGCUUAAUCAAGGCCCCUGGACGGUAACUUCAAAGACCAAGGCACCUCCUAAUGGCACGAUCCACGACUAUGCCUCCCAAGCGCCAUACUGGUGGCCUAAUUCCAAUACUCCAGAUAGUUGCCCCUACAUUCAAAAGGACGGUAUGCGCAACCCGGAAGUUGACAACUACCCAGACAAGAUCAACUCUAUUAAAUUGUUCAAUUCAAUAUAUACCCUCUCCCUAGCGUGA